CACCUGCGCGUCGCGUGAGUCGUCCCCCAAAUCAACCGCAGCCCGCAUAGGCGUAUGGACGCGGCAGAAGGCGGCAUCGUCAGAAAGCAAAGACUGUCGGGAAACGCGCUUGUGUUAGUGCUUAGCAACGCUGUUAUACGAUUUUACGAUAGCGUGUUGCCGUCUUUCGGUACUGGCUGCAAACUUCGCCAACGGAAAGACAGGAAUAUAAUUACAAGAAAAGUCGAGAGAAGACAGCUGCGCGCACCGCGGAGGACCUUGGGAUGUUACUGCAUAUUACUCAGACUCGCUAACUUUUGGUGUUUAUAUAGCAGAUCGUAAAAGAACGCUGCUUCUUAUAUUAGUCACCUGGCCGGGAUAGAGAGAAGCAAAAGGCCGACAUCGAAUCAAACGACGACGCAGUAGUGCUGUGCCACGAUAAUUUUCACAAUGACGGAGCAACAUUUGCAACACACUAGCUCAAUGACUAAUGGCAAGACGAAGACGUAUUUGGGCGUCGACGAUAACGUUGACACGGCCAAGUCAAGGUUUGGCGUCGUCGAUACCACCAAAAGGCUUUGGCGGAGACUGCAGUUCGACGAGUGGACCUUCACGCUCUUGCUCUUCCUCUUCUCCUCGUCGAUCGUACUCGGCAAACUGUUCCUUAAUCACGAUUACUUCAGUUUUUUGGAUAUCAGCACUAAUCGAUUCUCAGUUCCUGUAUUUAAUAAGAGUCAUCCUUACUACAAGGAUAUAGCAGAUAAGGCACUGAUCGAACCACUAAAUCGGUACAGUUGGCUGAUCAAAGCAGUGCUUAGUGGGUUGGCCACAACAGGUAUUACUUGGUUCAUCAUUUAUGAAGACAGUAAUGUACCUGGAGUUAACCCUCCAUCCCCGUUUAGUCCUUCGAAAAAAAGGAUUGCUGAAUCUCCUCCACUGCAGAUCAAUUAUUUAGUAGGAGUCUUGAAUGGUUUCUUGGUAUUCCUUUAUAUGUGCCUUUAAAAAUGCGUUCUUUGAAAGUUACGAUGAAGCAUUAGGCAUGCUUCUAAAAGCACUAUGAGUGCCUGUAGGAAAACAAGUACAAUUCUUUUAUUUUAUUUAAUUAUUUAUUUAUGAUCAAAAAAAAGCUUACAAAUUAUUUUUUUAUCUAAAUUAAGUUAUUGUUUAUAGUUAUACUUGUAUGCUGUUUGCAUGCAGCCUAAAACUUAUUUGUGUAUCAGUAUUUAAAUAUUUGUAUGUUUCAAUAAGUUAAUGAGUGUUGCUAACCAUGAAGACUGCUUAUUAUACAUAUACUUGCUUACAAGAAAUUUGCAACUGAAAAUGAGGGUCUGAAGAUCAAACAGCAUAAGUUUAUCAUCUUAUGCUGAAUUCAUAAUAAUAUAUCAAAAUUUUGACUAAGGUUUGUUAAUAUCGUCGAAACGCUUACGCUAGACUAGCACAGCUCGAAGUUAGCCGCGAAGAUUAGCAAAACUCGAAGUACCCAAAUCGCGGCUUAAUUCCUGAUUUGUGCCAGUCUUCGCGGCAUAAUUGAACUGUGCUAUACUCUUAACAACAAAGUUUGAGUUAGUUUGAACAAAAUUUGAAAUGUGAUUGAGUCUUUAUACGAAGCGACGAUAGUAUGAGUGAAUGAGAAUUGUAUGAUUGGUUGAAUAUUUGAAAUAAAUAAGAGUCGACAGUUAUAUGGCCUUGAACAAAAAAUUAGUAAUACGCAGCAUUAUAUAUACAUGAAAUAACGUUUAUUACAUUUCAGAAAUAUAUAAAAGUAUAUAUUUUAUAAAAAUCAUAUUGCAUUAAAUAAAUUUACUGAUGCUUACAUUAAAAGGUUGUGUCAUUUUUUUAACGGCAUUUUGUGCUGAUCCCCAUUUCGUGUUUAAAAUAGAACUCCCACGUUUGUAUAGAACGAACGCGUGGGCAGUAGUCGUAACUUAUGUAUGAUAUGCUAAUUCAGUUAUCUAAUAGAUGUUUACCGGCACUGCAAUUUAUCAGUAUUCUUUUAUUUUCGCAUUUUCUCGAGAAUAAUUUGGCAAAGACCAACAUUACAAAAAAAAAUUAUUAUUAUUAUUAUUACUUUUUAAUUGAAUCAGUGAAAAUCUUUUAUUCUAUCACAUUCAUUUUUGGCUACUCAAAAUAGUUUGAAGGUAUUUUACGGUAAUCAAAGUAGUUUAAUACAUAAUAAAGGUAUCUGUUUUCAAUAAAAAAAACUGCUGGAUAGCUUGUUCAGGAUCAUAUACAAUAAUUAUUGUUUAAAAUAUUUUAUAUUCUUAGAAUACGUAGUUAUAUAAGAAUAAAUGUUGUAAAAAAUGAUUAUAUGCAAUGAUUAUAGUAUAUAGUAUUAUAGUAAUAAUUGACACAGCAAUCCUUAUAAAGGACAAUGGUCUCAUUAGCAAAUGUAACAAAGUGGCAUCAUUAUAAUCUACAUCACUUUGCCCUGUAUUUGCAAAACUAUUCUACUUUAUAGCAAAAGAAUUAUUUAUGAAUUAGACUAUAUUUUUUCUAUAAGAAAUUAAAAUUUAUAGCAAACUGAAUGAUUAUAGAACAAUGAAUAACAAUUCAUCUAAAAUUUAAAUAAGUAUAUUGAUGCAAAA